AUGCACCAAAUCCCUUCCUGGUACCUUCAGUGCUGUCGUCGGCCGUGCCCGCCGUUUAUCUCGACCGGUCCUCCUGGUGCCAAGGAUGGAACCAGCGCACCGACCGUCGAGUCGCUGUAUUCGUCGUUGAAUCGUUCGGCCACGGAAUUCGACUCGUUGUCUUCCCGUCUGGACAGUGCCCCAGGGGCCGCCCAGUCCAUUCUGGUCGCUUCUAGAUCUAUUUUCGGUGACGGUGGGCCUGGCUCGACCCUGCGCUCCGUCCAGGAGCUGAUCACCGUCAAGGACGCCGCCGAGCAGCUCCUAGCGCGGGUGCAGUCCAACCUGGUGGCCCGCGAGACGGAUCUUGUCGUUGAGCGCAACUCCUGUGUCGCAGCGGAAGCGUACGUGGCCGCCCUCCGGGACCAGCUGGACACCGAGACCCGCCUAGCAGCGGAGACGAUCGAUCAGUUGCGCAGCGACCUGGCGGUCGUCAACAACGAAGUCAAUGCUUGGUCCAAGCGUUUCCAGACCGCUCAGCUGGAGACUCAGGGCCAGCAAGUGGCGUCCCUGCAGUUAGACCUCGACCGCGCCUGCGACGAGCGGGACUCGGCACGCCAAGACGCCAGCCAAAAGAGCGCCCAAUUGGCGUCGGCAGCCCGGGGUCGAGACCUCAUCCUGGCAGAAAAGGCGCGCCUGGACAACGUGGUGAAACGUUUCAAGGAAGCUCCCUCGACCGCCUCGCCUCCAAGACCGCCAUCCGCGUUGGCCCCCGUGACCGAGCACGUCCUUCGCGCAAGGGCGAAGGACCAAGAGGAGGCCCUGAACAAGUCCGCCGAGGAGGUCGGCACUCUCCGCGACUCGAACCUGGCUCUGGGUCAGGAGUGCGACGAACUUCGCGUCCGGCUCGACGUGGCGGAGCAAGAUGCCCUCAUGGCCAAUCGACGGUUCGCCGACGCGAUGCCCCUCUUCUGGGACUGGGUGGUGCGCCAGUUCCCCGUCGAGGGGGCCGAGCUGGUCCGAUCUCUCGUAGCGUCCUGGAAGGCGGGUGUGUCCGACGCCUUUGCUCAGCAGGGGAAGACCCUGACCAUCGCACCGGCUCCAGCGACGCUCGUCCCGCCGGCUCCCUUCGUGGGUCGUAUUCUCGGCCGCGACUACCGAUCCUGGGUGGCGGCGCGUCUUCAACCAAGUGUCGACAACGGCGCCGUCUGA